CCUGCCUUGAGUUGCGUCCUCCGCUUCACGCCCGAUUUCCGACCAUUCUUUUUCCUUAUUAUUAAGUAUUGCUGUAAUAUUAAUAGUCAUGAACGCGUUCCAUUAGGAGUCCAAGAGGGAGACGAAGAAGCGGCUUCUUUUGCUAAUAUGAGCUCAAGCGAGGGGACGGCAGCACUGUGAUAGAAGCCAAAGGAGAGCAGGGGAGAAAAGAGAGAGGGUUUUUUUUUCUUCUUCUUCCUCCAAGAGAAACUUUUCGACCCAAAUCCGCCAGCACCGCCGAAUAUCUACAUUUUUUUCUUAGACCCAGAUGAAGGGCAGCGGGGAUCUAACCGUUUAUUUCUGAUGGAUUAUCGUCCUGCUGCUGCUGUGGCACACAUCUGAUCGCCGGGGCCAUCGCGAGCUUGCAGGAGAGAGAAGAGAAGAGUCUUUUUUCUUCUUCUUCUUCUUCUUCUUCUUCUGCUUCUGUGGGGCUCAACGAUUUCUUUUUUGUUGGUUUUGUUUUGCUGGUUGAUUUUCUUUUUUUAUUUUCGCCUCCCUCAAAAACACGCCAAGUGUUUGUUUGUGCCGAACUGAUUAAUUUUUUUUUGUGUGUGUGUCGAGUCGCACCGAAAAAAAAGAAAAAAGAAAAGACAAACAGAAAAAGAGAACACAGAAAUCCUCUCAGAUGUUAGUGCACAGUUUUUCCGCGAUGGACCGUCACGACGGGACCAGCAAUGGGACAGCCAGGCUACCUCAGCUGGGCGGCGUGGGCCAGAGUCCCUACACGAGCGCCCCUCCGCUCUCCCACACACCGAACUCGGACUUCCAGCCCCCGUACUUCCCCCCGCCCUACCAGCCCAUCUACCCGCAGUCUCAGGACCCUUACUCGCACGUCAACGACCCGUACUCCCUCAACUCCCUGCACGCCCAGCCGCAGCCGCAGCACCCGGGCUGGCCGGGCCAGAGGCAGGGUCAGGAGAGCGGCCUGCUGCACCAGCACCGCAGCCUGCCCCACCAGCUGUGCCGGGAGUACCGCAGGGAAGUGCUCCUACCGUCCGGCCACGGCAUCGACACGGGACUCUCGGACUCUAUCCCUAUCCAUGGAAUACCUCACUCUUUAGAAGACGUUCAGGUGAGGUUUACCUAUCCUGUUGAGGAUCAAGGAGUUCACAUUCCCGACCAGACUGUAAUUAAAAAAGGUCCAGUGUCUUUAUCCAAGAACAACAACAUCUCCGCCAUCCCCGUAAAUAAGGACGGUCUUUUCGGCGGGGUGGUAAACCCCAACGAGGUGUUCUGCUCGGUUCCGGGUCGCCUGUCCCUCCUCAGCUCCACAUCAAAGUACAAGGUCACGGUGGCGGAGGUGCAGAGACGCCUCUCGCCGCCCGAGUGCCUCAACGCCUCCCUGCUGGGCGGGGUGCUGAGGAGGGCCAAAUCCAAGAAUGGAGGAAGAUCCUUAAGAGAGAAGUUGGAUAAAAUCGGCUUGAAUCUACCUGCGGGCAGACGCAAGGCGGCCAACGUCACCUUGCUGACGUCACUAGUCGAAGGCGAAGCGGUACAUCUUGCCAGGGAUUUCGGUUAUGUAUGCGAGACCGAGUUUCCAGCCAAGGCAGUAGCGGAAUAUGUAAACCGUCAGCAUUCCGACCCAAACGAACAAGUCCAAAGAAAAAACAUGCUAUUGGCCACGAAGCAAGUCUGCAAAGAGUUCACGGACCUGCUGUCCCAGGACCGCUCGCCGCUGGGAAACUCGCGGCCGCAGCCCAUUCUUGAACCGGGAAUCCAGAGCUGUUUGACCCACUUCAGUCUAAUCUCGCACGGUUUCGGGACCCCGGCGCUGUGCGCGGCCGUCACGGCCCUGCAGAACUAUCUGACCGAGGCUAUCAAGGCCAUGGACAAAAUGUACCUCAACAACAACCCCAACAGUCACUCAGAUAACGGCACUAAAGGCGGAGACAAAGACGAGAAGCACAGAAAGUGAUGUUUCCAUCCCACCUCCACCGGGGGCCAGAGCCCAGGGCCCUCUCCUCUACACCGACCCACACUCCUCCGCCUCGCCCGGCCCCCCGCCCAUCCAAUAUAAAUAUUAUAAAUACCUUAUAAAUACUAUUGAUAAAGUUAAACGUGCCACUUCCUGAUCUUGCGCGGUUUUACACGUUUUUUUUGUGUUUUUUUGUUUUUGUUUUUACAUCCCACUUUGGAUUCACGGGGAAAACGACGCAAGAAUCUUCUUCUUCUCCUCCUCCUUCUACUUCUACUUCUACUUCUUCUUCGUCUUCUUCCAACACCUGAACCACACGAAAUGUUAUUUUAAGAAAAAAAAAAAAAAAGAAAAGAAAGGAAAAAAAAAAACAAACAAAAAACACAAAGCUGCAGAGGAAACAGCUCCAGGGCGAGGAAAAAGGUGUACCGCCUCAGCCAGAGGACUUUUUAUGUACUCCCCUUAUUUUUUAUGAGCUGCAACGAAUGGACUGAAAUCCAGCGACCCCUCUCUAUCUCAAUUUUACGAUUGUGACACACACGCGCGCGCGCACGCACACACACACGGAGGGAAAAAAAAGCGAAGCUAAAAGAGGAUGAAUUCUUAUCAGUAUUGUGAAUAAUAAACUUGAAAAACAAAGAGAAAUUCCACAGAGCUCUCCAUGUCAUGACUUCAGUUGUAGACUCUCUCUCACUUCUCUCUGUCUCUCUGUCUCUCUCUCUCUCUCUCUCUCUCUCCAAGCGACCAACUUGAACUUUUUUGAAUUUCAACACGAUUCACGGUUAUAUAAGGGAAUCAGUGUUCAUGUAUGUAUAUAUUUAUUUAUGUGUAAUUUAAUGGGAAUUGUAAAUAUGGUGCGUCUGUUGAAACUCCUUUUUUUUGUUAUUUUUUGUUUUUUUUUUAUUUAUCUGGUGCCUCCUGUUUUAGUGGGUUUUUUGAAUAUUCGGUUAGUUCUUCAUGUGAUUUUAUGGUUCUUAGGAAAAAAAAAACAAAAACAGAAGUUUGGGGUAUUUUUUAUUUCUCUGGGAUAUUUUCAAUUCAGCCCUCUUGUAGCAUGUUGAGGCGACAUUGAAGCAAGUGAACAAAUUGAAUAGAAAUAAACUUCCAUUUCUCUCUCUAUAUAUAUCAUCCUUAUUCAGUUUUUUUUUUUUACUUUUGAAAUUUGAGACAGAGCAUAAGUGAGACCCUGAGGAGAACUGUUUUUUUUUUUUUUGUUUUGUUGUGUUUCUAUUUUCGUUUUUAUACAAGCUUUUAUGUGUUGUGCCAAUCAGAAUACGUUUCACCUCCUGUUCUCUCCUUGAAGCACCAUAAAAGCAAUAAAUGGAAUAUUGUCUUCUUUUUUUUUUUAAAUGUUGAAAGACAUUGAGGAAAAAAAAAAACAACAUUUUUUGGGACCACCUGAUAUCUUGUUAUGUCCGAUAAUGUCCAAAAAUUGGAGGCGGUUUUAGCUGUAUUGUAUAGACAUGUGCUGGCAAUAGUUCCCAUGCCUGUCAAUGUAUUAUAGUCCUUUGUUGCCCAGAAAAAAAAUAAAUAUUUGAUACGCUUCA